AUGACAGCUGUAGGUAAUUGUUUGUACUCCUUGCGACAAUCGAAGGUUAGCGCAUACCCUGCAGGUAGUUCUGGCGAAACUCCCGCCCACUUGCAUUUCGAAACCACCAUUGUGCUCUCCGAUCAUCUCAAACGAUGCGCACUAUCCCUGGUUGGAGCAUAUGACGAUACUACCGCCUCAUCCUGGUUUUCACAUAUGUAG